GUAAUAGAAAAAUGUCCAAUCAGCUUUUCUUUUUAAGUUUAGCUGAUAUCUUUUCCGUCUAUCCGAGUAUUUUCAAAGAAUUGGUCGCGACGCGUGAAAAUCAAACACUCAUCUAUUUACCAAGUGACGCCGAUUGGCAGGAGCGUAUGUACUACCGCCUCUUGGAGGUUCAAAAGCGUGUUAAUGAGACCAUCAAUAGUGGAGUUGAAGUUGACUAUGUUAUAGUGCCAAGAGAAACACACAACUUCAACCACUUGACCAGCGUACUCAGCUUUUCACCCACUAUUUCACCAACUGUCUCACCAAAUGGUUUGUAUCCAAAUUUAAAAAAGAAAUGCCCACAAAUUCGCGGCAAAUCAUUGAAGGACAAGAGUAAAUUUUGGAAUUUAAAAACAAUUGCGCUGGCAGCAAAUCUACUCGCGAAACCACCAAAGAAAGUCGAUUUUGAAAAUGAACACGAAAUGCGUAAGGUGUAUUCACUGAUAUAUGAUGUCUUUAGAUUCAAAGUCGUGCUUUCGAAUUCUCUAAACGAUAUUGAAUUUUAUAAGCGCUUUCCAGAGCAUAAAGAAGAUGAGAAUCGCAUUUGGUUAAUGUUUUACGAAUUACUUGGACGUAACUUCAAGCAGCGCUACUCCGAAGAAAUCGAUCUGCAAUAUAAACUAUUUCGAGAAUCAGAAGUUGAAGAGAUUGCUGAACAUUUGUGGGAAUUCCGUAAAGCUUUGGCAGCGUCCAUAUCACGUAUGCGUAUAAAGUUCAAUGCACUCAGUCUUUCCAAAUUAUUGCCGAUACAUCUGCAAAAUGAAAAAGUCGCCAAUGCAGCAUCGAAUACGAUGGUAACUGGUUGGAUAAAUCCAUUUUUAUUACGUGAUAAAACAUCAGCGGAUAAAUUUCUACUGGAAUACGGCUAUAUACUGCAGGAAAAUGAUAACGAACACGUUUUGGAUACAAAUCAUUAUCGUUGGGACAAUGUUUGUCCACUGUUUAUAUCCUGUGUGCCGCAAGAUAAGGGUGAAUUUACUAAAUCGAAACUCGUCACGCAACACUAUUUCAUCAUUCAGGACAAAGCCUUCUCUUAUGGUCCCGCCGUAAUGUCCAGGCUUCUCGAAUACUUUCAACUGAGUGGAGACAUCCUACAAACGCAUAUUUCUUCACCGCGUUCCACAGCCUAUCUCGCUUCGCUUUUUUAUUCUAUCAAUCGUGUGAAUAAUUUUUAUGUUUAUGGUGCAGGUAUUAACCUCAAGGAGUAUCGCAAAUUUAUGGAGAUCCUUGGCGUCUGUAAUAUACGCAUUUUUGCUGAGCUCUUCACCUCCUUUCCAUUAGAAUCGAAGCGUUUCGGUUAUGUCGUUGGCAUAUUUGCAAAUCCACCGAAUUCGUUCAGCGCAAUUUCCGAUCCAAUCGAUUUGAUUUGCUCCCGAGGCGGUGACUUGAGUAUGUUAGAAGUACUCACUGAAUCUGAGAUAAGCGAUGAGGGCAAACGUCGAGUAUCGCUAAUACUCGAGGAACAAUUGCUUACACUACAAAUGGCAAUGUCCAGGCCGCAAAUACAAUUUCUACUCUACCAAACACAUUCGAUUGUAUCGGCGGAAAAUCAAGAUAUGAUUGAUUAUGCUGUGAGGUUGGUAAACGAAACAUCUUUAAGGAAACAUCAAAGUGCGUUCCGUGAGAAGAAACGCCUCGAAGCACUAGCUGAAGCUGAGGCAGCUAAUAUUCCAGCAGCGGCUAUGGGUUCGCCAAGGAAACGUGCAGCCAAUACACAGGCUGAUGAAAAGGGAAAGUCAUCGUCCGCAACAGAGGCGGGUGCUGCAAGAACGGACGGACCUGCUGAACCGACUGCAGAUGCAGAUGAUAGCGAAGAGAGUGUAGUAUUGCCAGAAGCCGAUGAAUUUAUAUGCGAAACUAUACCAGACAUAUGCAUUAAUCGGGACAACUGUAUCAAACAACAUUCCAUUGGGUGUUAUCUCUCGCUAAUUAAGAGAAAGAAAGUUACACAACUAAAUGCAAAAUAUCUGAUCAAAAUGGCAGAAGCGAGAGGUCUAUUCGAUACAGCUGAAAAGAGUCCUGUGCCUAAAGCGAAAGGCAUAAAAGCACAAGAUACAAAUGUGGAGCCGGUAAUAGAGACUGAAUACUUGAACAAUCAUAGAGAGACGAAGCACAUCAAUGUGGAUCAAUUGAUAUCGCGGCUAAUGAAGGAUACGAAUUCAAGUUUAAAUCGCAUUGGAGUGUCUAAAGCGUCGAACUUAAAUCAUCCGGUAAAAUUUAAAUUCAAGAGAAGAGAAUGCACACGCUACAAGGCUACAUUGCUAAAGAUCUAUCAACUAACAAAGCAAGAAACAGGCGUGUUUCGACGAUGUUCUCUUGAUAGUUUCGAAGAAACCUGUUCGGUUGCAAUUUGCUGUGUGAAACGUAAAAAUUUAAGAAAAUAUCCAUAUCCGUUACAUAUACAAAACUUGGUAAUGUAAAUUAAAACCUUAUGUAUGGAUUUUAAUUAAACUAAGAACAUUAAUACUCCA